AUGGAUCAAAUACACAAACAUCAAGCAGAAUUAUUCUCGCCUCCUUUUCCACUUCCGCAGAGAGGAGGAACUUUAAGGUCAUCAGUCGCGCGAGGUCCCAGACGAACUUCAGGUGACCUUUCAAGCAAACGCAAUUCUUUGUCUGAGACUCCAAACUAUUGAAAACGGAAAAUUGGUGUAGAGAGUCUGCUAGAAGGUUCCAAAAACAGUCAUUACAAUACUCUUGUUGGAUAUUCAAGAAUUCCUCACAAAUAUGAUCAUUUCCAUGAAAAAACUUAUUUGUCGAAUUCCAUCCUAACUUGGCAAUCAGAUCUUACUAGUUCAGACGCAACAAGUAGAAAUAAUGGAAGCUUAGUUGCUGAGGCAGAGUCUCCUGAUGUAAAUCAGGCCAAAAUAUUCUUUGAGAAACAAACGCCGUUUAAAAAAAUAUUUCAGCAUUAUGCUUUACCUGGAUUAUUUCUUAGAAAGCCAGUUUAUCAAGUGAAGAAGUCUAACAGGAAAACUUUUUAG